AUGUCCCAGCUAACUAUUUUGAACGAAAUUGAACAAUUACCAGCCGAUGCUCUUUUCGGUAUUAAGCAAAGAUAUGGUCAAGAUGACCGUGCCACCAAAGUUGAUUUGGGUAUUGGUGCCUACAGAGACAACACUGGUAAGCCAUGGCUUCUACCUGCUGUGAGAGCUGCUGAACAGAAGAUUCAUUCUGAUGUAGCUACCUAUAAUCAUGAAUACUUACCAAUCACAGGUCUACCAGCUUUGACCAAAGGCGCUGCACAGGUUCUUUUCGGUGAAGAAUUGGUUAAUGAACAUAGUGACAGGAUUGUCACCGUCCAAUCUAUCUCUGGUACUGGUGCUUUACACAUUGCAGCUAAAUUCUUAUCCAAGUUUUUCAGUUCCAAGAAAAUAUAUUUGUCUGAUCCAACUUGGGCUAACCACAAGGCUAUAUUUGAAGCCCAAGGUCUGACUACUACUACAUACCCAUAUUGGAAUGCUGCUACCAAAUCUUUAAGAUUCCAAGAGUUUUUACAUGCUAUAGAGACCGCCCCAGAAGGUUCCGUCUUUGUUCUACACGCUUGUGCUCAUAACCCAACUGGGUUGGAUCCGACGGAAGAACAAUGGACUGAAUUAAUCGAUGCCAUUGCCAAAUAUGAUCACAUUGCCCUAUUUGACUCUGCUUACCAAGGGUUUGCCUCUGGUUCUUUAUCUAAGGAUGCUUAUGCUGUUAGAUUGGGUAUGAAAAAAUUGGCUCUAGCUUCACCAAUAUUGGUUUGCCAAUCUUUCGCUAAAAAUGUUGGUAUGUAUGGUGAACGUGUUGGUUGUUUCCACAUAGUUCUUCCAAAUCAAUCAGAAGAGACUACUGCCGUGGUAAAACCUGCUGUGCAAUCGCAAUUGGCCAAGAUUGUGAGAAGUGAAGUCUCUAACCCGCCAGCUUACGGUGCUAAGAUUGUUGGUACCAUCUUGGCUGAUGAUGUAUUGACUAACCAAUGGUAUACCGAUAUGAUCACCAUGUCUUCUAGAAUCCAAACGAUGAGAGUCAGUCUAAGAAAUGCUCUGAUCAACUUGAAGACUCCAGGUACAUGGGACCACAUUGUUGAACAAUGUGGUAUGUUCUCCUUCACCGGUUUGUCCCCAGAAAUGGUCAAGAGACUUGAGGAAGAACAUGCCGUGUAUAUGGUUGGUUCCGGUAGAGCCUCCAUUGCAGGUUUGAACGAAGGUAACGUUGAAUACGUUGCUAAUGCCAUUGACGAGGUUGUUCGUCACUACCUUACUCAAUCCAAGUUGUAA